AUGGCUGCGCAGGUCGACAUGGUCCGUAUUAAAGUAGAAAAUAAGGUACGGGACGGUCUUGAUAAAUUUGCCAAAGAAAAGAAGAAGAGGGAACAGUCACCGUCCGCGGAUAAACGCCAGCGUUCAUCCGAGGAGGCAAAGAAAGUAAAGCUCCAUCAUCAUCGGCACCACCAUGACCCACAACAUGUUCAACAGCAGCAGAAUGGCCAACCACAACCACGCAACUCCAGUGCCGAAAAACCUACCCUACAACGACACCAGCAGCAUCAUCAUCACCACCACCACCAGCACAACAACACCAACGAUGCAAAGAAGGACUCCCACCUGCAGCCUCCUCUGCCUGCGCGGAAGGUGGUACCCGCAGCAGCCAAGUUGGACAGGAAGAAAUCACUUCCCCCGGUUCUGCCGCAUGGACUGUUCAAUUUCAAGCCCCUCAAAGUAGCCGAGCCCAAGGCCAAAAUACAGGAGAGCAAGGAAAAGCACAGGGAGAAAGAGCUCAAACUCAAACCUAAGAAGGAAAACACCGAGGCUAACGUUAAACAUGGAGUAGGCCUAUAUAAGAAAAAGAAAGAGCCCCAUCAUGAUGAGAACAGCAAGACUCAGUCGCUGGAGGAGUACCUGUUGAGGAAGAAGAAAAAGAAGCGGAGGCACCGGGAGGAUGAGCGUGGUAAGACGAUCCGCAUGUACAACAAGGAGGUCCAGACCGUGUAUGGCGGUCUGACUGACCACAGUCCUUCAGCCCGCCUUGGCCCCGUGAAGGAGGGGAAACACUGCCAGCCUGGUACAGGCGCCAACAACAACCACCUCACUCCUAAAGAGGUACACAGCCACAACCACACCCACCUCCCCUUCCUCUCCCCCCAAGACCACUUCAUCCGCAGCUCGUCUCUGCAGACAGGCACCGUCUACGGACGCUUCAUCCACGAGGAGCGCCAGGCCAACGGCGGAGCGUCGGUCCUGCACGCCUACGCUGAUGAGCUGUCCUCUCUACGGCCGGGGGAGAUGGAGCACUUCGCCCAGGAGUUCCUAGAGCUGGCCUUCGCUGAGAGACCCAGAGGGGCAGCCCGCUACGCCCUGGCUGUGGUGCACAGGGCUGCUGCCUACCUACCUGACUUCCUGGACUACUUUGCCUUCAACUUCCCCUCCACGCCGGUCAAGAUGGAGAUCCUGGGGAAGAAGGAUAUAGAGACCACUACUAUCGCUAACUUCCACUCUCAGGUGGGGCGGACCUACUGCUCGGGGACGUACCGGGCCGGUCCCAUGAGACAGAUCAGUCUGGUGGGAGCCAUGGCAGAGGAGGUGGGGGACUACUUCCCAGAGUUCUUGGACAUGCUGGAGGAGUCCCCCUUUCUGAAGAUGACCCUACCUUGGGGCAGUCUCUCCAGCCUGAAGCUGGACUGUCGUUCCCAGAGUGAUGAUGGGCCCAUCAUGUGGGUCCGGCCAGGUGAGCAGAUGGUGCCAACCGCUGACAUGCCCAAGUCACCCUUCAAACGACGCAGGUAG